CUAAUGAAAUCAUAGCUUCAUGGACAAUCAGCCAACCUUUGUAAGAUUCCUGAAAAACAAUUUGUAAUCCAAUGUGCUUUAAAUUAUACAAGUGCUAUAAAAUGCUAAGAAAAUGCAAGUAAAUUUGAAUUUUGCUCUCUCAAAAGUCAAACACAACCCACCAAAAUGGAGGAGGAAGCUAAGGAUUUAAUCAGUGAUCUGCCUGAUGCUGUUCUUCAUCUUAUUUUCUCUUUAAUCCCAACCAAAUUCGUUAUCACGGCUUCUUCGAUUUCCAAAAGAUGGAGACAGGUUUCUGCUGAUCAUCUUGAAUAUGCCAGUAACUUAGACUUUGUAGAAGAGUUUUCCAAGCAUCAGAGUCCAAAUCAGUUUGCUGAUAACCUUAGCAGAAUCCUCUGCAUCAACAAGUCUGAGAAAAUCGACAAGUUCAAGCUAUUGUUCAGCCCGAGAAAUGAAGAACACAAGUCAAAAGCAAUAAGUUGGAUUAGAUUUGCAACUUCAAGGGGUGUUGAAGAGAUUGACUUUGAUUUCUGCAGGCAUAUUUACAUCCACUUCUUGUCGAGCGCCCAUGUUAAUAAUAAGAGAGAGGUCUUCGAGUUGCCAGACUUUCUUUUUGACAGCAAAACACUGAUAACUGUGAAAUUGAGCAGAUGCAUAUUAGGCCUUCCAGAAGAAUAUGCCGGUUUUGGCAGCCUCCAGACUCUCUGUCUUAAAGAAGUCAAUGUAACUGACAGUAUGCUUGAAAGUCUGCUAUGCAACUGCAAACUGCUUGAAGUUCUGGUUCUGAAGGAAUGUGGAUCGCUGACUUCGAUCAGAAUUCUGUCUGCUACACGUCUGAAAAGACUGACAGUUUACGAGUGUUACAAUGCCUCGGUUCUUGAGAUUUCUGGCCCCAACAUCCUGUCCUUGCUGAUUAGUGCUGGUCACUUGGAUGCUUGUAGAGUGGAAGACAUGGUGAAUUUGGAGGAGUUAUUUAUUGGGACUCGAGGCGAUGAGUUUGGUGGAGUUUUCUAUUUGUUUAUGAAGAUUUUGUCAGACCUUGCACAUGUCAGAUCUCUCAGCUUAUACUUUGGACACCUUGUGCCCAGUUUGAUCAAAGACUUUCAGGUGAAUUUCAGAAAUUUACAGGAACUACAACUUGUUAACAGCCCAUUAUUCGGACUGUUCAACUCUGAUGUCUACUGCUUUUUUAAGCACUGCAGUUGCCCUUCUUUGCAAUAUAUUUCCAUAGAACUUUCGACUCUCGCAGAGGAGGAAGACUUCAUCUGGGAGUUCCGAAAGCCUUAUAUCAAACCUGUCGACUGUAUUUUUAACAAUCUGAGGACUGUCACAUUGAGCAACUUCAGAGGAACUAGUUCAGACAUUGAGCUUGCAGAAUAUUUCUUACUAAGAGCCCCAAUAUUGGAAUCAAUGUUCUGUAUUACGCCCCAAAGUAUGAAUGCCAGAAAAACAACGGUAUCAAAGGAGGAAGUUUCUUGUUCAACAUCAAAGAAAAAUGUGACCAAGGUGAUUCAAAAGGGUAUUUGUGACAUGCUUUACAAUAAUCCUUAUAAGGCAUCAGCAGUUGCUGAGAUCAGACUUUGCGACAGUGGUGAACGCAACAGUUUGUUAUCUUUUUUCAAUCGGCAUCAUGUUUCUGAUGUCUACCUCAAAUAAUUUUGAGAAAUAAUCAGAGCUUGGUUGAGCCCUUCUUUGAUUAUAUAUUUAUAUAUAUGUUUGCAUAUUUUGGAAUUUCUGAGUUUAAUCAAGAGAAUGUCCUCAGAAAGUGUUUGAUGUUUCUAUUUUUUAGUGCAGACAAUGUUCUGAGUAUAUUAUUACUAAUGUUCGUUGUACAUAAAUUAUGUAUAAAACAUAAAACUAUUACGGAGUAACGUUUAGCUAAUGUUUUUGGGGCAGAGUUUAAUCUAGGGGUGAAAGUUCGGUUUUCGGUUUGGUUUUUGGCCCAAACCGAAACCGAACCACCAUAUUUCGGUUUCUUGAUUUUGCAAACCACACCGCACCACUUUCUCUUUGAAACCGAACCGAACCAAACCACCUAAAUUUCGGUUUUCUUAAAAAAAACCAAACCGCACCGAAUUUUCCUAUCAAGCCUCAUGAACAUCAAAUUUUGCAAAAAAACCGAACCGAACCAAACCAAUUAAAACCGAACCAAACAAAACCAAACCAAUCCAGGGUAUUAAUUAUUACCAUCCCACCUUAUCACCACCAACACCCACCCACCACCCAUCACCCUGACCACCUAAAACCCACCCACCACCCACCCUAACCUACCAAAACCACCGAAACUCACCACCCAUCCCCCAAAACCACCCGAAACCCACCCGCCAUCCACCCUAACCCAUCAAAAACCACCCGAAACCCACUCAUCAUGCAUCAACCCGAAUCCAUCAAAAACCACCCCUCCACCCACCAAAAACUAAAGAAACCCACCAUCCAUCCUGACCACCCGAAACCCACCCAAAACUACCUACCACCACCACAAUUCAAUCAUACACCACCAUAAAAAUAAAAAACUCAAACCAAAUUAAAAGAAAGAAAAAGAGGACAUACCUCACAUUCCACCGAAAAACCUCGAAUUUGGGUUUUAAAGGUCAAAUUCGACCAUGAAAACACUAGAUCUAGUGUUUUCAUGGUCGAAUUUGACCUUUAAAACCUUUAGAAUGUGAACACUGGUGCCCAGGUGGUCGUCCUUGCCUCCUUGGUCGUACUGUCGAAGAGGAGAAGAGAGUGAAAGUGGAGAAGAGAUCGAAGAGGAGAGAGAAAGGACAGAGUAGAGAACUAGAGAUUGGAGAAGAUAAGAAGAGGAAAGGAGAAAGAGAGAACCGAGAGGGAGAAAGCUCACAAAUGGAGAAAAGAGAAGAGGAUUAGAGGAGAGAGAAAG